UUCAAUCCAGACUGCUCCCUAUUUGACUUAGUCUUUACAAAGCCAUAGCUCCCCGACAGGAUGAUUUUCCUACAACUCUGGUGGGCGCUGAUGGUGUUCAGCAGUCCUGGCCACGCCCAGCAGCUCUCCAUCGAGGAGCAGAAGCAGCCGGCGGAGGGCAGCGACAAGUUGCUCAGCUUCAGCCGGGCAGUGGAGCUGGCUCGUCCCGAGUUGCAGGAGCUGAAGGCUUCCUACGGCGGUGGCCAGGAGCAGGAUGCUAGCAAGCAGCUGGAUCGGCGCAACUCAAUCGACAAUAUGCUGGCCAGCUUUGCCCAGACGGAUGCGGACAAGUCGAAGGCGGCAUCUGCGGAGGAGGAGCGGGUGAUGCAGGAGGCGGCGGACGCUUGGUUCCGCGACAUCCAGGCCAGCAUGUCCAAGAUCAAUCCCUACCAGAAGCGCUCCGGUGGCAAACAGGAACGAUCCAUAGGCAAGCAUAUGAUCGACCAGCAUGCCAAGGCCCUGGAGCGCACCGAGAUGGGAAAGGUCAAGCUGAAGUACAAGCAACUGGGCGAUGACACCAUUGUGCGCAAGUACCAGGUGACCAAGAACCCGCUGCUCUCGCAGGACACUGGGAUGACCCAGUUGGACAUCAAGCUGAAGCAGGUGCAGCAAAUGCUGACCGACCAGGAGAGCUUGGAGGCCAAGAAGCUGGAGAAGGCGAAGGAGGGGCGCAAGAAGGUGGACGAAUCGAGUUGGGUGGACAAGCUGCCCGAGUUCGGUGACAACCCCAUUCCGGAUGGCAUCUACGAGAGCACUCUCAAUCGCCUGGCCUUUCCCCAUGCCAUGUCCCACAAGCUGGCCCACGAGGCCAACUACAAGCUCUCCAAGAUCGAGCAGGAGGCCUCCGAGAAGGCCUCCAGCAAGCACUCCCGACCCGGCAGCCUCAGUGAAGGUCCUCUCAAGCAGCAGAAGCGGAGCUCCUGUAGUGGCUUCAAUCCCAUGAAUGAGAUCAAGCUGAAGACCAGCAGUCGCCUGAUGCUCAAAGGUCUGGGUCCAUCGCUGCCCAGUAACGCCCUGCUGGACAUCCAUCGCAACCACCUGGUGGACAACAUGAUCCGGCGGAGGGAGCUGGAGGAACAGCAGCAGCAGCAGCACCACCAGCAGCAGCAACUGGAGUCCAGUGAGGAUAGCGACGAAGUGGAUCAGCGAAUGGGAAUCAAUAACUUGAUGGCACACAAUGAGCACUUGGAGUACCUACAGCCCAUCAGUAGCGGCAUGGAUGCGAAUCGCAUGAUGGAGCUGCCCCAGAGCUACGACUACCGAGUGCCCCAGUACGAUCGCUUCCAUCCUCUGAACCAAAGACAGAUGUCGAAUGUGCGGGAUUACGAGAGGAGUAACCGCAUGCCCCUCGACUUGGAUCGCUUCAAGAGGGAACCUCAUUUGGCGUCGUCUUCUCUGGAGCCAUCGAUUGAAUCCAUUCUAGACCCCAUAUCUGUGGAGGAACCGCUGCUUAAGGCUGAGGAUCAAAACAUAUCCGACCAUGAGUUGGCCAUGAAAAUGGGAGUACUGGACAUUAAUGAAGGCAAGGCCUUACAUUCAACAGAUGACGGCGAAUCCAAAGAAAAGGACACCCAUGAAGAGGUUAAAUUGGAUGAGGAAUCCCUAGUUAAGCCCGGAAGUAAGCUGGACUCUGAGAUAACGUCCAUCGAGGGGAAGUUUGAGGAUAGAUCGGAGGUCGAAGUGGAAAACAAACUAUUGGGUCCGGUGAAGCGUGAAGCCACGAAAGAGCUAACUAACCAAGUAGGCCCCAAACUUAAAUAUGAUGAAUCUGCUCUGGAUGCUAAUUCAAAUGCAAAAGCAGAUGUACCACUUACUUUGGCCAGAAAGAGCGAACUCAAUGUAAGUGCCCAUGCAGAUUUGUCAUCCGACUCUGGAAAGCAAGACAGUUUAAAGAAACGUAAAAGUCCUGAAACGGCUGAUUGUCCCGAUAGUCAUGACAGUAAUCCUGAUUGUGACACGGAGUGCAAGUCGCAAACGGAUGCCGAGAAGGAUGACAGCAUUGUCAAAGUCAACAUCAAGCUAAAGCUCCAGGAGCCUCCGGAGCUCCAGGCAGACGAGAAAUCCGAAUGCGAGGACAUCUGUAAGGUGGAGGCCAAAGGUGCUGCUGCAUCUGCUCCGAAAGUGAAUCCCGAUGCGGUGGUGAAACUGCUGGCCAAUGAAUUGUCCCUGGACAAGGACCGUGGCAAGCGGCAAACAAGGCGUCGAAGGUUUCCUCGACAGAACAGGCGAUCCAAGAGAUCCUUGGAGGACAACGAGCCGGCGCAACAGCAGCAGGAACCAGAAGACAAACAACAUGUAGUGACCAAACGUUUGGCUCCGCUGCUCGAUGAUUUCGAGGACCACAAUGGCAAUCAUGCGGGUUUCGGCAACCUGGGUAAUGGUAUGCUCACACCGGAUGCAGAGGACUCGGGAGAGAGGUCAUAUCCCAGCCAUGAAUUGCUGGCUCACUUCGAUGAACUGGAAACUGCUCAUGAUGGCGAUUCCCUGGGGGCGAUCUUCGAUCCCACCAAGGAGGUGGUACCCAUGCUGAAUAAGCGACCCAAUGACGGUUUUCAGGGGCAGCAGCCUAUGCAGAUGCAAUUUCCACAGCAGCAGCAGAUGCAGCAACCGCAACAAGUGCAGCAACAAGUACCACAGCCGCAACAACACGAUCUAAAUCGUCAGCGUCAUCAAUCCAGUAAUUUCCAGGCCAGUUUCAAUCUAACCCAUUUGUUCAAUGAGUUGCAAAAGUUGCAGAAUAUGAAGACGCCACAGCAGCAGCAGCCGCAACAACAGCAGCAGCCAGUGCAACAACAACAGCAGCAGCCAGUGCAACAGCAGUUUAUGCCACAACAGCAACCACUGCCACAACAAUUUCAGUUGCCACAACAGCAAAUGCCCGUGCAACGAAAUAUGCAGCAAUUGCCCAACAAGCCCAUUUCGCCACCAAUCAAGUCCUUCGGAGUCCAUCGCUACUUUGGACCCUUCUUCAACAAGCAACUGAAGCACGAACCCUACAUGGCGGCCAUGGAAACUUCGACCACUAUGGAUCCCAGAUGCGUGUCCAUUACGGCAACCAGUCCCACUCCGGCUGGCAAUGUCACUAUGCCGUUCACUUUGCCUGCGAAUUGCACCACUGCCACGGUUCCCACCACUCCAGUGCCAUCCACUCCAGCUACUCCAGCCACUCCAGCCACUCCAGGCACUCCGAGCGCCAAUCAAUCGAGUCACACGGAGAUUGGGUGCAAUGCUGCGGAUGCCAUGAAGUUCAACGUUUCCAUAAAUGCCAAUGUGUUCGGUGAUCCCAAGACCAAACAGUUCUGUGGCAAUGGCUCUAUAAGCCUGCUUCCCGCUUACAAUGCGUUGCAUUCCGAAUUAAACCGGGGCUAUCAGAAUGAUCAACUUCAUGGAAAUGCUGCGGAAUUGGAGGACGAUCUUGAUGAUCUGAAGGUCAAGGACGAAAGACGUGUGCGCGAUGUGGGUGAAGAGGCCGGAGAUGAGUGGCAGCCAAAAGCUGCAAAGGAGAAGCCCAGGAAGCAAGAGGGUCAGAUCAAAAGGCCCAGUAUUAAGUGGAACAAAAAGCACAGGAAUCGUCAUCAAGGGGCGAAGGCAAAGAUAAAAGGCGUUUCCUCAGCAGAUCACAAUGAAGCCUCCAAAGAGGCAACCAAAGGAGCUGCAAAAGAAACACCAACUGGGGCUGCAAAUGAGGGACACAAAGCGUCAGGAAAGUGCUACCGACCCCGGAUAGAGAUACCGGAGUCGCAGUCUGAGAGUUACGACAAGCUAAUCACGGGCAAAAUCUCCGAGGACAUAGUUUCCGCCGUCUUCGAGGCAGUUGGAAACGAUCCGGGCAUGGAUCGCCUACUGGCGGUUCUGGAGAGGAAUCGCAAGUGUGCGAAUAAGCAGGCCAAGAACUUCUACCAAAUCCGCAACGACAAGACCGAGAGCUAUCUGCAUCACACGGAGACCAUGGUGCGGGAAACCAUGGAGGCCAUUAGCAACAUUAUCGAUCAGCAGGUGCGGCGGCGAGCCUGCAUUCCCUUGCGUCCGGAUCUCCAGGACUUCUAUGACCUGAUCCUCAAGACGUCCAACGAGGAGCGAAAGUGUCGCGAGAAGCGACAGAGCUCCCUUCAGAUCCUGGCCGAGGAUUUCAGCCAGGAUGUGCGAUUGCUCGAUCCGAGCAAGAUCAGCCAAAAGUCCAGGAUCGUCAAGAAGUUGCUGCGGCAGUACGAGGACCUGCCGAUGGAGGAUCAACAGGCGGCGGUUGGAGUGCGUGAUGAGCUGCUCCUGGAUCUGGUUUACCUCCGCAAGAUGGCAGAGUCCGCGGAGCGCUGUCAACGCAACGCCCGACUGCAGGAGGUGCUCAAGCAGACCAGCCUGGACGAGGUCCUGGAGAGGAGCAAGUCCACCGAGUACUCUCCGCGCUUCAUAAAGCUCCUGAAGACGGCGGAGCUCUACAAGGAGGCGGGCGAGCAGCAGGCCAAGGCGUUUGUGGGUCUUUAGUCUACUUGCUGUA